AUGACUACCCCAAACAAGACACCACCUGGUGCUGAUCCAAAGCAGUUAGAGAGGACUGGUACUGUUAGAGAAAUAGGCUCACAAGCAGUUUGGUCUCUUUCAUCCUGUAAGCCAGGAUUUGGAGUGGAUCAGUUACGAGAUGAUAAUCUAGAAACUUACUGGCAAUCAGAUGGAUCACAGCCUCAUUUGGUGAACAUCCAAUUUAGAAGAAAAACAACAGUGAAGACGUUAUGUAUUUAUGCAGACUACAAAUCUGAUGAAAGUUACACUCCAAGCAAAAUCUCUGUCAGAGUAGGAAAUAAUUUUCAUAACCUCCAGGAAAUCCGG